AUGGCGCUGGCGCUGCUGGCGAGCCGCGACGCGGGGAAGGCCGCGCGGCUGCUGGACGGGAGCGCGGCGGCGUUUGAACAGAUGGGGCAAGUGUUCAAAAACGGAGUUGGAGUUUUGGCAGUGGCGCUGCACACGGAAGUGCCGGAGAGCGUGCCGGAGGGCGUGGCGGAGCCGUUUCAGCUGGCGCUGCAGAUGUGCGAGCGGUCGCUGAGCAGCCUGGGAGCGACGCUGCAGCCGGGCUGGCUGCAGCAGAGCCGCCUGCACGCGAAGCCCGGCGCCGCCGCCUGGGUCUUCGACUGGCUCGAGGAGGACAUGCAGAGCUGCAGGCAGCAGCUCGACGCCGCCAAGACCCUCUACGCCGAGAUGUUCUCCCUCGCCACCAGCAGGCCUUCGCUGCCGUUUCUCUUUCAGGGCGUCGUGGAGCUCCGCAAGGCCAUGGACGCUGCGCAGACGGAGCUGGUGCAGGCGGCGGACCGGCUCGCGGUGGCCUGCGGGGCGGAGCUGGCGCGGGCGCUGCAGCGCUUCGCGAAGAGCCCCACGCCGGAGGCCGCGCGCCAGCUGUGGACUCAGGCGCAAAACGGCGACCAGGUGCUGCUCCGCAUCUACGGCCUCGCCGCCCCCGCGCCCCAGUUCGAGGAGCUCGAGGAGGCCAUUCAGCAGGCCAAGGAGCUCUACGCCGGCUUCCGGCAGCCCGCGGACGCAGGAAGCAUCUUUUGUGUGCAGAAUGUAAUUAGAGAGUUUCUAAGACUUGGAGAUGAAGAAAAGUUUCGACGCGUUUCGAGUUUCUUGACCGCAGCGGCUGUUUCUGCUGCCGGGUCUUCUUCGUCUUGUACAGAAUCUAUUUCAAA